AUGACAGAAUUAUCAGGAGAUGUAAUGAAGAAUCAAUUAAACAUCAUUGCAUUGAAUUAUUCGUCCCAUCAGGCGUUGGAGUUGGCUAGUUGCCAUGACUUUGGAUCAACUAGAAUGCCUUCCCCCGAUAACCACGGUUACAGUCGACCAGAUACAUUAGGAGUUUCGACAUGCAUACUUGGAAUAGCGCCGUGUAUGUAUUUAGGAGAGUUUGAUGAAUAUGGAUACUACUGUGCAAAUAAACCCAUGCCAAUAAAUGAGAUAUCAACAUGGUGCACUUCAUUAGUUUAUGAUGGAGUAACUUUUAAUGCUGAUUUAUUGUCUAGUUAUACUAAAAAUGAUGAUUCUAAUAUAAAUACUCUUGGAUCAUCUGGGAAAUCAUUAUAUUUAUAUUAUGGUUAUACAACCCAAGAAGCUUGGAUGGAAGCAAUUAGUUCUUCAAAUGCAUCAGUUUCAUUGGAAAAAAUAAGCAAUUUUUUAACUCCUUUUAAUGUAUCGGGUUUAAUACUAAAGAAUUUAAACUAUGAUUAUAAUAGUAAUUUAGAUUUUCAUUUUGAUACAACUUUCUUCAGCAGUUUAAAAGAAUAUGUAAUUCUACUGAAAAACAAAAUUCCCAAUUUGAGUAUUGGAUUAUAUGUGAGUGCAAGUCACAUGAUAUUUUAUAGUGAUAAUUCAAUGUCCCCAGAUUGGUUUGAUUUUACGGUAUUAAAUGAUGUGAUGGACUAUUUUAUAAUUGGCUUUCAUGAUUUCAAUCCAUGUAAUGAAUUCUUUAAAGGCGGAAUUGUUCCAAUAAAUAAUGUUUUAAAUAGCACUCAUUCCUUGACAACAUUCGAAAAAGCCUUAAAUAGUUCAACAAUUGCAAGGGACAAAAUUUAUCUUGAGUUUUCAGUGAAUCCAACACCUAAUGUCACGUCAACUGAAUAUUUACCCACGUGUAGCGUGACAUAUAAAAAAUUUUGUGAAGCUGACAAUUAUGAUAUUUACUGGUGUGCUGAUAGUGCAGCUUCAUUCUAUAAAAAAGGCUGGUUUGCUAAAAACAUGCAAGCACAAGGAAUCGUAUCAAAGUAUAUCGAUACAAUCGACCCCACUGCGCAAUGUGAUUGUGAUUCGAAAAAUAAAUUUAUAACCUUUUCGAUAAUGAUUCGUGGUUUUACUGGUAGACACUCAAUUAAUGACUGUGUGAAGUUAAAUAAUGUUAGUCAUACAUAA